AACCACCAAGCUUCGAUCAUGCGGAUAGAAGAACUUGUGCUCGAAGGUUUCAAGUCAUAUCCAGUCCGGACUCAGAUUACAGGUUGGGAUUUAUCAUUCAAUGCAAUCACUGGCCUCAAUGGAUCCGGCAAGUCCAACAUUCUUGACGCGAUUUGCUUUGUCCUCGGUAUCACCAACAUGUCUCAGAUGCGAGCUCAAAACCAGCAAGACCUUAUUUAUAAGAGGGGCCAAGCUGGCGUUACCAAAGCUAGCGUAACAAUUGUCUUUGACAACUCAGAUAGAGAGAAGAGUCCCGUUGGAUUUGAGAACUUGAAGCAGAUUACAGUCACACGUCAAAUAGCGCUCCCAAAUAUAUCCAAGUACCUCCUGAAUGGUCACAAAUCACAGCAGAACACCAUUCAGACGUUGUUCCAGAGUGUACAGCUGAACAUUAACAAUCCCAAUUUCCUCAUCAUGCAAGGCCGCAUCACGAAGGUCCUCAACAUGCGUCCACAAGAAAUUCUUGGCAUGGUGGAAGAGGCUGCAGGGACCCGCAUGUUCGAGGAGCGGAAGGACAAGGCCAAAAAGACGAUGACAAAGAAGGAGAAGCGCGUGCAGGAAAUAACGUCUCUCCUUGAGGAGGAAAUCACACCCAAGCUGGAUAAACUCCGGGAAGAAAAGCGUCAAUUUAUUGCUUUCCAGAAGACUCGGACGGAACUGGAGAAGAUCGGCAGGAAACUGCGCGCUUGGGAAUGGACAGCCGCUAAUAAGAGGGUAGAGAAGGCGCAAGAUGAUAUAGAGAACAAGAGAGCAGAGAUGGACGCGACAGAGAAGCGGAGGAAGAAGCUCAUCAAGGAGACAAAGGCAGCCGAGAAGGAGAUGCAGGAGGUCAGCGCGAAACGGGAAGCAGAGCGAAAGAAGGGUGGUAAGUUCAAGAAAAUGGAGGAGGAAGUAUCGCUUUUGGAAAAGGAGCUCGUGAAAGUUCGAACCCAAGUCGACCUCGCAAACGGUAAUAUCGCCGACGAAAACAAAAGUGUCGCGAGUGCUGAGGCAGAGCAACAAGAGCUCCUUCAUUCUCUCGAGGAGAAGCGCAGUCAGGCGCAAGAACUAGAAUCUUCUUACAUGUCCGUCAAAGCAAAGCACAACGAUACGCAAGCAUCGCUCUCGAAGUCGGAGGAGCUACUGCAGACGCUGCUGACUGGUCUCUCAUCAAGCAAUACCGGAAACUCUGGGGGCGGCUACAUGGGUCAGCUUGCAGACGCGAAAGCUCGCAUGGCCCAGGGGUCGGCUGAGGAAGAGCAGAAUCGCGUCAAACUCAACAUGAGUGAGAAGGAGCUAAAGGCAUUGGAAGCAAAGUGGAAGGACGUAGAGAAGGAAGCGGGGCAAGGGAAGCGUAAUAUGGAAAACAUGCGGACUGAAGCCGAGAAGCUCAAGCGCAGAGUUGCUGACUGUGGUUGGAGCACGGAACGAGAGCAGGAAAAUCAAGUUUCCCUAGCGACAGCGAGGGGACAGGUCCGGCAGUUUACAGAGGGGCGCGAUGCAGUUAAGCAGCGCCUGUCGGCAUUGAACUUUGAUUACUCGAUGCCAUACCCGAAUUUCGACCGCACCAAGGUGAAGGGACUAGUCGCUAACUUGACCUCGAUUGCUCCCCAGCACCAGCACAAAUCCCAGGCACUGGAAAUCGUUGCCGGAGGCAAGCUCUACAACGUCGUCGUCGAAGACGAGAAAGUCGGCAAGGACCUUCUCCAGAAUGGCAAGCUAAAGAAGCGCGUCACCAUCAUUCCCCUUAACAAAAUAAAUGCGUUCGCCUUAAGUGCUCAGAAAUUGGCGCAGGUUGAACACCUUGCCCCGGGUAAAGCCAACCUGGCACUAUCGCUCAUUGGCUACCCAGAUGAAGUAGCUCGCGCCAUGGCGUUCGUCUUCGGAGACACUAUCGUCUGCGAGGAUGCCGAAGCUGCCAAUGCGGUCACAUUUGGUGCAAAGGUUAGGUCCGUCACUUUGAACGGCGACCUGUACGACCCUUCUGGUACACUCAGUGGAGGAGCAGCUCCAAGCGGAAGUGGUACGCUACUGAAGGUGCAGGAACUCCUCGAGGCAGAGCGUAAACUGGGAGAAGCACAGUCUCAUUUGAGUGAACUUGAAAGAGCAGAGACCGCCAACCGAGAGAAGAGAGAAUCAUGGAGAAAGUUGACUCGCGAACUGGAUAUCAAGUUGCACGAAGUCAGUCUUUUGGAGCAGCAAGCAGAAGGGAGCAGCGCUGCGAGGCUUGGUGCUGAGGUAGAAGAGCUGAAAAAGACCAUCGGUGCUUUGAAAUUGGCCGUCCAGGCAGCCAAGGAGAAGCAAAAGGCCGCCAAGGAUGAGUGCAAUAAGCUCGAGAAGGACAUGGACGAGUUCAAAAACAACAAGGAAGGCAAGAUAAACGAGUUGAAGGCCGAGAUUAGCAAGCAGAAAGCAGCUCUUCAGAAACAAGCUGUUGUAGUAAAGACGCAGCACAAGGAACACCAAACUGCUGUACUCGAGCUUGAACAAAUGGAGAAGGAUAUCAAGGAGGCCGAAGACAGCAUCAAAGGUGCUCACGCCCAAAUCGCCAAGCUUCACAAGGACCUCGCAGCGCUCAAUACUAAGCUUUCUAAGCACGAGGCGGACCAUGCGAAAGCAGAACACAAGCUUCAGGAGGAACGCGCAACGCUGACUCAAUUCGAUAACGAGCUCAAGGACCUGGAGAAUGCUAUUCGUGAGCAGAAGAAGGGGGUAUCUGACGCUGAAAUCGAGCUGAAAAAGUUGGAACACGAUGUUGCUGCACUUGAAAAGGAUAAAGUCACGCAGGCCAAGUUUGUGACCGACUUGGAGAAGCAGCAUGAGUGGAUUCGGGAUGAAUACCAGUCCUUUGGUAAACCCGGCUCGCAGUAUGAAUUUGACCAAGAUAUGCCUUCUUUGCGAGCCAAAGCUGACGAACUCGAGGAGAAGCAGAAGGGGAUGAAAAAGAAAGUCAACCCGAAGGUCAUGAACAUGAUCGACACUGUCGAGAAGAAGGAAUUGGACCUCAAGAAGAUGUUGGCCACAGUUCUGGAGGACAAAGAAAAGAUUGAGGAAACCAUAGAAGAGCUAGAUCGAUAUAAGCGUGAUGCCCUUCAGAAGACAGUGGGAGAAAGUGAACGGGUAUGGAUGAUUCCUUCACCUGACUUUGGUGGUAUCUUUGCGGAGCUGCUACCUGGCAACUUCGCCAAACUUCAGCCUCCAGACGGCCAAGACCUAAUGCAAGGACUUGAGGUGAAAGUGCAACUGGGGACUGUUUGGAAACAAAGUCUAACUGAACUGAGCGGUGGCCAACGCUCCUUGAUCGCUCUUUCUCUUAUCAUGGCCCUUCUCCAAUUCAAGCCGGCGCCCAUGUACAUUCUUGAUGAAAUCGAUGCCGCUCUUGACCUCUCCCAUACCCAACAUAUUGGCCACCUAUUCCGAACUCGUUUCAAGGGCUCACAAUUUAUAGUCGUUUCACUGAAGGAGGGCCUGUUCACGAACGCAAACGUACUAUUCCGAACGCGAUUCCGUGAUGGCACAUCAGUAGUCGAGCGGACGGCGAAUAGGUCAACUUCGUCACUGUAUACAUAAUAUAAUGCUGUAUGAUUACUGUACGAUCAUUGUAACUGCCAUGGCUACGCAUGCUAAUGCGACGUAUGGGGAGAGGCGUUCUCCUAUCCGCGCAGACAUAAAGAACAGUCCGAGGAAUCCUUCCUUGUUUCUAUCGACCAGACGCGGGGCAACUGCGCGAACAUAAGUGCAAGUGCAGAUCAUCAACAAGAUGACCAAAAGCAGGGAUUGAAAGUUGAAUAGUGCCGACUUCGCGACUUCAGCUAAUGUACAAUAUGAAUAAAGACAUACCAUACCAUAGGGAAAGCGAUGGCCUGCAGUUGACCUGCAGAUGGUGAACGUUUGGAA